AUGGCCUACGAUCGAUAUGUGGCAAUAUGCUUACCCUUGUAUUAUAACCAGAUCAUGAACUGGAAAACCUGUAGAAACGUAAUGAUUAUAAUGUGGUCAGGAAAUUUCUUCCUGUCGGUUGUCCCAAUUGUUUCGAGGCCGAUGGUGUUCUGUAGAGCAAACAAACUGGAUCACUUUGUUUGUGAGAUACUGGCGGUCCUAGAGCUGGUAUGCAGACACCUAUCCUAUUAUAAAUUAACUAUAUUUGUGGUGAGUUUAUUUACACUUGCACUACCACUUGUUUUCAUUGUGGGGUCUUACAUCCUUAUCAUUUCAUCCCUAUUAAAGAUCAGGUCUACUGAUGGAAGAUCCAAAGCUUUCUCCACCUGCGCUUCUCACCUGACCGUUGUCUCUAUGUUUUUUGGGACGAGUAUCAGCAUGUAUAUGGGGCAAAAAAAAGGUUUCUCUACAAAUCUGAAAUAUAUCUCUAUUAUUUAUGGUGUUAUUACUCCGGUGUUGAAUCCUUUGAUAUACAGCCUGAGAAAUAAUGACGUGAAAGAAGCGUUUCAGAAGAUAUUGACCAAACGUUCCUAA